CCCCUUACCAGCUUCAGACACACUCUCACAAAAACACUUCGAAGAAGAAGAUCGCCAAACGAACUCACCGUCUGUGUGAAUAAUUUACUACACCGAUCACUUAUUUUCAAAUUAUAUUAUAUAUAUAUAUAUAUAUCUACCCGGAUCAAUCACACUCGAGAUAGUGUGCUCUGCCAAAGAAUCACACAAACCAACGACACUGAAGAGGAAUGAUUUAAUUGCUCUUUGUCUCAGCUUUCCUCUACAAUGUCCGGGAUACUUAAUUCAGGUGUGAAUGGCUCAACGUCAACUUUUCCAGACGCCACCGGAAGGGCUUAUACUACAGCAUUUUCUGGUCAGUUAGGUGCCUCUGCUGCUGAUAUGAACCACAAUGAUGCAAUAGGGUUGCGAAGUUUGAAUGGUAACUACAACCUUCCCAGCAUGCCUGGGGGAUACACAUCAAGAAAUUCGGGAUUAAAUGGUCCCUUGAAUGGUAUACAACCACCUACUGGAAACAUAUCUAACGGACGAUAUGCAGUAAAUAAUCUUCCGGUUGCACUUUCUCAGCAAUCUGCUGCCAGCUCUCUUGGGCUUUCAGGGAUGACAAACAAUGGAGGGUCAGGUAUACCUCAAAGUUUAGGAAAUAGAGAACAGCUUAUGAGCUCAAUGGCAAUGGGAAACCUAGUAAAUGGUGGAAACAUUGGAAGAAGUUUAAGCUCUGGUGGACUGAAUAUGCCUGGGGUUGCUAGUCGCUUGAAUCUAACUGCACCCCAGAUGGUAUCUCUCCUAGGGAAUUCUUACACUGGUGCUGGAGGCCCAAUUUCACAGAAUCAAUUUCAAGGAGGGAAUAAUCAUCUAAAUUCAAUGGCUUUGCUAACUGAGCUGAAUCGUGACCAUUCUUUUGAUAUGAACGAUUUCCCUCAGCUAAGUGGGCAUCUUAGCUCUGCUGGUGGUUCUCAAAGACAACUAGGGGGUUUGUCACGGCGGCAAAGUGUAGGCUUUAUGCAACAAAACCAAGAAUUUAGCAUCCAAAACGAAGAUUUUCCUGCUUUGCCUGGAUAUAAAGGUGGUAAUGAUUUUCCAGUUAAUAUGCACCAGAAGGAACAGCUCCGUGACAAUGUGGUGUCUGGCAUGCAAUCCCAGCAACAUUUGCCUGUCGGGAGAUCAGCUGUAUUCAGCUUGGGAGGUAGUGGAUAUUCAUCGCAUCAACAACAGCAGCAUGCUUCACUUAAUGGUGGUAGUUCCUACCUUCCGACAAACACUCAAGAUCUCCAUUUUCAUGGUUCUGAGGCAAGAAACUCGGGGAUGCUUGCCAGUGGAUCAAGGCCUGUAAACUUGUCAAACACAGUGUCAGGUGGUGGUUCUUACGAUCAGCUCAUUCAGCAGUAUCAACACUUUCAGAAACAGGCGCAGAUACGCCUUGCCAGUCCGUUUAGAGACCAGGAUUUGAAGUCAACCCAGGCAUCUCAAUCUGUUGCUGACAGAUUUGGAUUAUUGGGUUUGUUGAAUGUCAUAAGGAUGAACAAUCCUGAUUUGACCCCUCUUGCUCUAGGUAUAGAUCUUAUGACAUUGGGUCUAAACUUGAAUUCUCCUGACAAUCUGUAUAAGAAGUUUUCAUCUCCAUGGUCGGAUGAAUCUGCCAAGGGAGAGCCCCAUUACGCCAUUCCUGAGUGUUUUAACACCAAACAACCAUCUCCCCUAAACCAAGAUAGCUUCUCAAGAUUUUCUCCAGAGACCUUGUUUUAUAUAUUCUAUAGCAUGCCAAAGGACGAGGCCCAGUUGUUUGCGGCAAAUGAACUGCACAAUAGAGGAUGGUUUUAUCACCGAGAGCUGCGUCUAUGGUUUUCAAGGGCUCCCAACAUGGAACUCCUUGUCAAGACAAGUACUUUUGAGAGAGGUUGUUAUUACUGUUUCGACCCCAACACCUGGGAAACUAUUCGAAAGGACAACUUUGUUGUUCAAUAUGAAAUGGUGGAAGACCGACCGGUGCUUCCCCGUCGUUAGUUUUAUGAAGUGUCUGAUAAUACAGGCUGGGACUCGUCUUCUUUGAUUUCAAAGAACUUGAUGAGUUAGAUCUUUUAGAAGUUAUAUACAGAACUAAGAAAGUAAGUAAUCCAAAUGGUUGGGUGCAUAAUCUAAAGUUUAAAAAAAUUAUGUUUAAAUAGAUAUGCGUAAAUGUUUGUGUUUAAACUCCUGGUUACAAACUUCUUUUAGAAAUCUUAAAAGAAAAAAAAAAAUUGUUGUACUUUA